CCUCAUGGGCACGCGAAGGCUUUGCGUCUCAGAGAUCGUCGUCCCCGUUCUUCCCCUUCAACCUUCUCUCUUCUCUCUCCGUAACUCCGGCCGUUCGUAAAACUCCGAUGCCAUCGCGAUGACAGGAAACGAGUUCCGAUUCUUCCUUUCUUGCGAUAUAAAUCUUCCCGUGACCUUCCGGAUUGAGAGAUUGGAAGGGAACCUGCCGCAAUCUUCAGCUUCAUCCGAACUUGACACAUCAACUGAGAACAGAACUGCGGAGCUAUAUGUUGAAUAUGCCCUCUACAUUGAUGGGGCCCCCUUUGGGCUGUCGACCAAAACAAGGCUGGAAUCUUCGGGAUACCCAUAUUGUUGGAACGAGCUUAUAACAUUGAGUACCAAGUAUCAGGACUUAACUUCUCAGGCACAACUUGCAUUCACUGUGUGGGAUGUCUCAUGCAGUAAUAAUGAUGGUUUAGUUGGUGGAGCGACUGUUUUUCUUUUUAAUAGCAAAAAGCAACUAAAAGCAGGAAGGAAAAAGCUUCGACUUUGGCCUGGAAAAGAAGCAGACGGAACAAUCCCAACCACUACACCUGGAAAGGUUCCUAAGUGUGAGCAAGGGGAGAUAGAGCGUCUAGAGAGGCUUGUAAACAAGUAUGAGAGGGGGCAGAUACAGCAUAUCGAUUGGCUGGACCGUCUCACAUUCAAGGCUGUGGAGAAAAUUAAGGAAAGAGAAAGCGGUAGAUGUGACAAUUCUCAUCUCAGCCUUGUAGUCGACUUCUGUAGUUUUGAGCACAGAGUUGUUUUUCAGGAGUCUGGAGCAAAUUUUUAUGCACCGUCUCCUGUAUCAUCGACAAAUGAGGUUGUUACUGUAUGGGAUCCGGAAGUUGGUAGAACAAAUCCUUCAGAACACAAGCAACUAAAACUUGCAAGGUGCUUGACUCGUGGGAUAAUCGAUAGGGAUCUAAAACCAAGUUCUAAUGAAAGGAAGUCAAUUCAGAGAAUCCUUAAGUACCCUCCAACACGCACACUGAGUGGUGAUGAGAGGCAGUUAUUAUGGAAAUUUCGUUUCUCAUUGAUGUCAGAGAAGAGGGCCCUCACUAAGUUUCUCCGUUGUGUUGAAUGGACUGAUGUUCAGGAAGCAAAGCAAGCAAUUGAUUUGAUGGGGAGGUGGGAAACCGUUGAUGUAGCUGAUGCAUUGGAACUUUUGUCUUCGGUUUUUGAGAGUGAAGAAGUUCGUGCAUAUGCUGUAAGCGUUCUCGAAAGGGCUGAUGAUGAAGAGCUUCAGUGUUAUUUACUUCAGCUGGUGCAAGCUCUUCGGUUUGAAAGAUCUGAUAAAUCUCGCUUGUCAUUUUUUCUUGUUCAACGAUCAUUAUCAAAUAUCGAGAUAGCUAGCUUCCUUCGCUGGUAUGUUGCAGUGGAGCUUCAUGAUCUAACAUAUGCAAAGCGUUUUUAUUGCACCUAUGACAUGCUAGAAGAUAGCAUGGUGAAAAUGGAGGCUGCUGCCAAUGGAGAUGAUGAUGGGUUUAAGUUGUGGCAAAGUUUAGUGCGUCAGACAGAAUUGACAGCUCAGUUGUGUUCUAUUAUGAGAGAUGUAAGAAAUGUGCGUGGUGGAACACAAAAGAAAAUUGAAAAAUUAAGGCAACUUCUUUCUGGACUUCUUAGUGAACUUACCUACUUUGAAGAGCCAAUUCGAUCACCUCUAGUACCUCGUGUACUCAUAACCGGGAUUGUGCCAUCAGAGUCAUCAAUCUUUAAAAGUGCAUUGCAUCCUCUUCGUCUAACAUUUCGAACAGCAAGUGGUGGGACUUGUAAAUUGAUCUUUAAGAAGGGAGAUGACCUCCGACAGGAUCAGUUGGUCAUUCAAAUGGUUACUCUUAUGGAUCGGUUGCUUAAACUGGAGAAUCUUGACUUGCAUUUAACUCCAUAUAGAGUGCUUGCUACUGGGCAAGAUGAAGGAAUGAUGGAAUUUAUUCCUUCCAGCUCUCUAGCACAGAUCCUAUCAGAGCACCGUAGUAUUGUGAACUAUCUGCAGAAGUUCCAUCCUGAUGAAGAUGGACCAUUUGGUAUUACUGCCCAAUGUCUUGAAACAUUUAUAAAGAGCUGUGCUGGCUACUCUGUUAUCACAUACAUAUUGGGAAUAGGAGACAGGCAUCUGGAUAACCUUCUUCUUAGAGAUGAUGGUCGCCUAUUCCAUGUUGAUUUUGGCUUCAUCUUGGGUCGUGAUCCCAAGCCAUUUCCUCCUCCUAUGAAACUUUGCAAAGAAAUGGUUGAGGCCAUGGGUGGAGCAGAAAGUCAGUAUUAUACGAGGUUCAAAUCUUAUUGUUGUGAAGCAUACAACAUUCUGCGGAAGUCCAGCAACCUUAUACUGAAUCUCUUUCAUUUAAUGGCCGGUUCUAACAUACCUGAUAUAGCUUCUGACCCUGAAAAGGGCAUUCUCAAGCUUCAAGAGAAAUUCCAGUUGGAUUUGGACGACGAGGAUUCCAUACAUUUCUUCCAGGAUCUCAUCAAUGACAGUGUUAGUGCAUUGUUUCCUCAAAUGGUUGAGACCAUUCAUCGAUGGGCUCAGUAUUGGCGUUGAUUUCAGUAUUCUCCAUGGGUGGACUAACUUUUAUGGAUGAUUCAGGAGCAAGAUCUGGGUCGCAUGGAGCUUUUAGGCAACUUUUGCUCAAAUCUGUAUAUGUUGUACAUGUUUUCUAGAGUUGGUAGGUAGCAACGAUGCAUUGUGUCAAUGGUUUAGGCAUCCCCUUGUAUGCUAGUAUAAUCCACUGUUUUUCUAUUCUAAAAAUAUUUGGCUUUGUUAAGCUCAUGGCAUAAUCUUUUCAUUGCAUUGUUAUAUUCCUGAGAGAAAGGAAGGGAUAUGCACCCGCCCUAUAAUUGUCUAGGUCCAAUACUUGGACAUACACCACACAGAAUUCGAGCCUAGAACUUUGGUUGCUAAGCAGAGAGCUAUGAUCAUUAGAGCGAGCCUUUCAUAUUGGUUAUUCUUGAGCCUAUUUGACGCAUUUCUAUUGGUGCGGUGGAGCCAAGAUUAUUGUAAUGGAGAUGGGAGAACUUCCCGUGUCUCUAUAAUUUGUUGAGUUGACUCUCAAGAUUUCCAGGUAAAUCUCACUUCUCACGUGUGUUAUAUGUUAGAUGUUAUGUACUAUAUGUAUUGAAAAAGAAAAUUGGGAGAAAUAAUGGCACUUGGCAUCUCUCUCUCCCUCUCUCUCUCUCUCUCUCACACACACACACACACACACACACACACACUUUGUGGUAUCCAUGGUCGCACCCGAAGAUGAAAGCCCCUCUCUAUAUCACCUAAUUUCCUGUUCCAAUCAUUCUAUUAGAUGAUAGUUUUGUUUUUUUUUUUGUUAGUAAUUUUGUAUGUUAUAUCCUCAAAAGAUAAAUUUAUGGAUCAUUUUUAUGUACUAUGAGUUUGCUUUGGUAAGAAAUAGAAAUUUUAUAGUGGAAGGGUGUUAGGAAAAUAGAAGGGUAAGAUAUAAGGUAGCAUGGAUCUAGAUUGUGAGGAAAGAUACAAAAAUGCUUGGAAUAUUAUUAGCGAUAGUUAUGGUCUUUAUGUACUCUAAUUCUCUAAUCCAGUAUCUUGAAUAUGCAGUGUUUCCGCUUGAUCUGAUCUGGGCGCCCAUGAUACUUUUGGAUUCCCAUCUCCGGUGGAUCGAGUUCAUCCUCCAAAACCUUCUCUAUGCCUUCCUCAAUCACUUCAUCAGAGAGAUGUUUUUAACAUGAUGAUAGGGUGACGAACAGAAUAUUGCAUUGUCAGGACAUGUUAAUAUUAUUGAUAUGGAGCACAAACUGAUAGAAGUUAACAGUCAGUAGCAGAGGCACAAUGUUUCUCUAAUGUUCCAUGUUAGAUAAUAUAUCCGCUUUGUGAGCCUUUCUUUAUGCUUCCUUAUGGAACUAUAUUGAGCUGCAGGAGAUGUUUCAGUGCUAAUGAGAACUAUGGCAGCAUUUGUACAUUUAUACCAUGCAAUGAGAAGGAGAUGUUUCAGUGCUAA